UCCAAGUACUCGUGGAGACCCUACUAACCAUAGAAUAGAACCCUCCAGGCUAACGUUCGUGCACACGCGCCUGGUUUCCGGAUGGUACGUAGUUCAGGUGCGGUGAGUCGCACGAUCGCUCGCCCUCAGUGGCCUUGGGGUUUUCCCCUGUCGAAACCAGUGUUCAACAACUCGUACAUCAAAGGUCGUGAAACUCCAUAAUGUCGGGCAUCCCAGCGCCCUGGUUUCAACAGAAGCAAACGCCGACGCCGCGACGGCUUCCCGCUGUGGACGCCCUCACCGCCGAAGAGAUGAACAGCCUAACGGACAGACUGCAGAAACCAACACAGGCGUUCCUCGCCAAGAAGACGCUGUGCAGGCACCAGGACUGCUUCAUGGACCGAGGUCGUUACGACUGGUGCCGCAUGGGUCUGUGUAAAGACUGCCACAAUUGCACGUGGACCGACAUCGGCACCGUGAAAAACUCGUACAAGAUCCAGCCAAACUUAAAACCCUACGACCAGUAAAUCGGCGCUGAUUUAAAGGCAGGAUCUCACGACAGUUGAGCGGCUGUAGCUCUUAAAGGUAGUAGAAUCUGUGUUCGGUGGUCGCUGCAGUGUUGAUGGAUCGAAGUAACCCUGGCGUCUGUUGAAAAUCAAUAUUAAUACUUAAUACACACUAUCGAAUGAAAAACAAUGAAAUGUUGAUAAGCCAUUUAUGCAUAUAAAGUUUUGAGGUGAUGAUGUAUUCUACAUGACUUUUUAAUACUUGGUCGAUAGUGUUAUAUUUAAGAGGUGGAAAGAUAAUCAUAAUUAUAAUCAGCAGAAUCAGAAGAAUUACUAGUUAUAUUCAUUGUGAUAUGUUUAAAAUCUAGUACAAUGACAGCAUAACACAAAUUUAUUGUUAUUUUUAUAUGUGCCUAUAAAACACGUUUUUUGCAUUUUGUUUACGAAUUGUUUGUUUUUUCUUGAACUAUUGUACGUUUCUUUCCGGUUUCUAUUUCCUACCGAGUUUUGUUUUUGGUUUCUGUUUACAUGUUGGUUACAUAUCGUUGUAUAAUGUAUGGCACUGCUCAGUGUAAUCAGGAGAAUUGCUUGUAGUAAUGUGUUAAAUAUUUAUAUUUCUUGUGACAUGGCUUUACAAAACAGCGUAAUGUCAGCACAAGCACAAUAUUAAAUAUAGUUUUGUUUUAUUUAUAAUAUACUAUUGAUUAUGCAUUUUGAUUUGGUUAGUGUUGGUUAUACUAUUAAUUAUAGUAUUUUGUCGUUUCGUUUCGGUUUUCAAAUGUAUGUUUUAAAAUUAAAAUAUUUUGAAUAUAUAUAUA